AGAGACCGGCGCUUCCGGAGCGGGGUCCCGCGCCGAGCCCAGCCGAGCCCGGCCGCGCCGAGCCCAGCCGCGCCGUCCCGUCCCGUCCCGUCCCGUCGCGCCAUGGGCCGCCUCCGGCUGUACCUCUGCUGCUGCCUCGCGCUGAGCGCCGCCGCGGCGCAGGAGCCCGAGUACAGCUACGGCUGCGCCGAGGGCAGCUGCUACCCGGCCACCGGCGACCUGCUCAUCGGCCGCGCCGCGCGGCUCUCCGCCUCCUCCACGUGCGGCCUCCGCCAGCCCGAGCCCUACUGCAUCGUCAGCCACCUCCAGGAGGACAAAAAAUGUUUCAUAUGUGACUCCGAGGAUCCCUUCCAUGAUACUCUCAAUCCUGAUAGUCAUCGCAUUGAAAAUGUGGUCACCACAUUUGCUCCGAAUCGCCUGAAGCUUUGGUGGCAGUCAGAAAAUGGUCUGGAAAACGUGACUAUCCAGCUGAACCUGGAGGCUGAAUUUCAUUUCACUCAUCUCAUUAUGACCUUCAAGACAUUCCGUCCUGCUGCGAUGCUAAUAGAAAGAUCAUCUGAUUUUGGGAAAACAUGGCAAAUAUAUAGGUAUUUUGCAUAUGACUGUGAGAGCUCAUUUCCUGGAAUUUCAACUGGACCCAUGAAGAAAGUGGAUGAUAUAAUUUGUGACUCGCGGUACUCUGACAUUGAACCUUCAACUGAGGGAGAGGUAAUAUAUCGUGUUUUAGAUCCUGCUUUUAGAAUUGAAGAUCCAUACAGUCCAAGGAUUCAAAACCUAUUAAAGAUCACAAAUCUGAGAGUCAAAUUCAUCAAGCUGCACACGCUGGGAGAUAAUCUCUUGGAUUCAAGGAUGGAGAUCAGGGAGAAAUACUACUAUGCCAUUUACGACAUGGUGGUUCGCGGGAACUGUUUCUGCUACGGACAUGCCAGCGAGUGUGCGCCGGUGGACGGCCUCAAUGAAGAGGUGGAAGGAAUGGUCCACGGGCACUGCAUGUGCAGACAUAACACCAAAGGGCUAAACUGUGAACAGUGUUUGGAUUUCUACCAUGACUUACCCUGGCGACCAGCUGAAGGCCGCAACAGCAAUGCAUGCAAAAAGUGCAACUGCAACGGCCACUCCAGCCAGUGCCACUUCGACAUGGCCGUGUACAUGAGCACGGGGAACACCAGCGGGGGCGUGUGUGACGCCUGCCAGCACAACACGGUGGGGCGCAACUGCGAGCAGUGCAAGCCCUUUUACUUCCAGCACCCCGAGAGAGACCUGCGGGACCCCGACAUCUGUGAGCCUUGUAACUGUGACCCGGCUGGCUCCCAAAACGGGGGAAUAUGUGAUCGCUACACGGAUUUCUCUACUGGCCUGAUUGCCGGGCAAUGCCGUUGUAAAUUGUUUGUCGAAGGGGAGCGUUGUGACCUCUGCAAAGAAGGGUUUUACGGCCUGAGUGCCGACGACCCAGCGGGUUGUCAGUCUUGUGCAUGCAACCCUCUGGGUACCCAUCCCGGCGGGAAUCCCUGCGAUUCGGAGACGGGCAACUGCUACUGUAAACGUCUGGUAGCGGGAAAGCAGUGCAACCAGUGUCUGCCUGAGCACUGGGGUCUGAGCAACGACAUGGAUGGAUGUCGGCCUUGCGAUUGCGACCAGGGAGGAGCCUUGAACAACAACUGCUCGAGCGAGUCUGGCCAGUGCGAGUGCCGGCCCCACAUGUUCGGACGUCAGUGCAAUCAAGUAGAGCCUGGCUAUUACUUUAUUUCGCUAGACCAUUACAUCUAUGAGGCCGAGGAAGCCAACUUUGGUCCUGGCGUGAACAUAAUAGAGCGCCAGUACACGCAGGACCGCACACCGUCCUGGACCGGCGUCGGGUUUGUGCGCGUCCCGGAGGGGGCCUACCUGGAGUUUUACAUCGACAACAUCCCCUACUCCAUGGAGUACGAGAUCCUCGUUCGCUACGAGCCGCAGUUGCCAGAUCAGUGGGAAAAAGCUGUUGUCAGCGUGUCGCGGCCGGGCAAGAUCCCCACAGGUAGCCGAUGCGGCAACACAGUUCCUGAUGACGACAAUCAGGUCGUCUCGCUCUCGCCCGGCUCCAGAUACGUAGUUCUCCCCCGCCCGGUGUGCUUUGAAAAGGGCCUGAAUUACACAAUUCGCCUGGAGCUGCCCCAGUACUCCUCGGUGGACACCGAGAUGGAGAGCCCCUACACGCUCAUCGAUUCUCUCGUUCUCAUGCCGUACUGCAAAUCACUGGACAUAUUCACAGUGGGAGGCUCGGGCGAAGACGUGGUCACGAACAGCGCUUGGGAAACUUUCCAGAGAUACCGGUGCCUGGAGAACAGCAGGAGCGUUGUGAAAACCCCGAUGACGGACGUCUGCAAGAACAUAAUCUUCAGCAUUUCUGCUCUCUUGCAUGAGACCGCGUUGUCGUGCCAGUGCGACCCGCAGGGCUCGCUGAGCUCGGUAUGCGACCCCAGCGGAGGCCAGUGCCAGUGCCGCCCCAACGUUGUUGGAAGACAGUGCGACAGAUGCGCUCCUGGCACCUUCGGCUUUGGCCCUCAUGGAUGCAGGUCCUGCGAGUGCCACCUCCGAGGCUCCUACAACGCCUUCUGCGACGCGGAGACAGGCCAGUGCCACUGCUUCCCCGGCGUGUACGGGCGGCAGUGCGACCGCUGCCUGCCCGGCUUCUGGGGCUUCCCCGCCUGCCAGCCCUGCCACUGUAACGGCCACGCGGACGACUGCGACCCCCACACCGGCGCCUGCCGCGGCUGCCGCGACCGCACAGCUGGCCACAGCUGCGAGAGGUGCCUGCCCGGCUACUACGGAGACCCUGUCCUGGGGUCGGGCGAUCACUGCCGCCCUUGCCCUUGCCCCGACGGCCCCGAAAGCGGACGCCAGUUUGCCAGCGGCUGCUACCAGGAUCCGGUCACGCUGCAAGUCGUGUGUGUCUGCAAUGUGGGAUACAUAGGCAGCCGGUGCGAUGAAUGUGCGUCUGGCUUCUUCGGGAGCCCCGGCGAGGUUGGCGGCACCUGCCAGCCCUGCCAGUGCAACGGCAACAUCGACACCACCGACCCCGAGGCCUGCGACAAGGAGACGGGGGCCUGCGUCAAGUGCCUGUAUCACACGGAGGGCGAAAACUGCCACCUCUGCAAGCAGGGCUACUACGGCAGCGCCCUGCAGCAGGACUGCCGGAAGUGCGUCUGCAACGCCCUGGGCACGGUGCGGGAGCACUGCGACGCCGCGGGGGAGUGCCGGUGCGAGGCGGCCACGGGGCAGUGCCGGUGCCUUCCCAGUGUGGUGGGGCGCGCCUGCGACCGCUGCGCGCCCCACACGUGGCACCUGGCCAGCGGCGCCGGCUGCGAGCCCUGCGACUGCGACACCACCCGCUCCCUCGGGCCCGCCUGCAAUGAGUUCACGGGGCAGUGCCAGUGCAUGCCGGGCUUCGGAGGCCGAACCUGCCGCGAGUGCCAGGAGCUCUUCUGGGGCGACCCCGGCGUGGAGUGCCGAGCAUGCGACUGCAACCCUCGAGGCAUCCAGACGCCGCAGUGCGACCGCGCCACGGGCCAGUGCCUCUGCAACGAAGGGGUGGAGGGGCCGCGCUGCGACCAGUGCAGCCGGGGCUACUCGGGCUUCUUCCCCGACUGCGUGCCGUGCCACCAGUGCUUCGCCCUCUGGGACGCGGUCAUCGGCGAACUGGCCAACAGGACCCAGCAGUUCCUGGACAGAGCUAAUGCCCUGAAGAUCACAGGUGUCACCGGCCCGUAUCAGCAGACGCUCAACACUCUGGAGGAGAAACUCGGUGAAAUUAAAACCAUCAUUGCUCAAAAUCCGGCUGCCGAGCCUCUGAAAAACAUCGGCAAUCUCUUUGAGGAAGCAGAAAAGCUGACAGCAGAUGUUACAGUUAAGAUAGCUGACAUAGAAGAAAGCCUUUCAGCAUUAGCCCUGGAAAGCAAUAGCACAGAUAUGGACCUGAGCGUGCUGGAGACAGAUGCCAAGAGCCUGGACCAUGUGGUGAAGGAGCUCGCGGAACAGCUGGAGUUCAUCAAGAUCUCCGAUGUGCGGGGAGCCUUGGACAGUAUCACCAAGUACUUCCAGAUGUCCCUUGAGGCAGAAGAUAGGGUCAAUGCCUCCACCAUUCACCCAGGCAGCAUGGUGGAAGCAUCAGUGCAAACGCGCCAGGAGGUGGAAGACUUAAUCAACGAGAAGGAGGCCCAGUUCAAGGUGAAACAGGAGGAGCAGUCGCGCCUGCUCGAUGAACUGGCGGGCAAGCUGCAAAGCCUGGAUCUCUCUGAAGUCGCCGAGAAGACAUGCGGAGCUCCCUCGGGAGUGUCGUGUGCUGAAUCCGAAUGUGGCGGGUUGAACUGCCGAACAGCCGAGGGACAGAAGAAGUGUGGGGGACCUGGCUGCGACGGGCUGGUGACCGUAGCGCACACCGCCUGGCAGAAAGCCAUGGAUUUUGACAGAGACAUCCUCAGCGCCUUAGCAGAAGUUGAGCAACUCUCCAAAAUGGUUUCUGAGGCGAAACAGAGAGCAGAUGAAGCAAAACAAAAUGCCCAGGAAGUUCUGCUCAAAACGAACGCUACGAAAGAACAAGUGGACAGAAGCAACGAAGACCUGAGAAACCUCAUUAAACAGAUUAGAGACUUCCUAAUGCAAGACAGCGCUGAUCUGGACAGCAUUGAGGCAGUGGCUAACGAAGUGCUGAACAUGGAGAUGCCAAGCACGCCCCAGCAGCUACAUGCUCUGACAGAAGAUAUUCGUGAGCGUGUAGAAAGUCUUUCUGAUGUUGAGGUUAUUCUGCAGCAGAGCGCUGGGGACAUCGCCAGAGCAGAAAUGCUAUUGGAAGAAGCUAAAAAAGCAAGCAAAGGUGCAACAGAUGUUAAAGUCACUGCAGACAUGGUGAAAGCAGCACUAGAAGAAGCUGAAAAAGCUCAAAAUGCAGCUGAAAAAGCCAUCAAACAAGCUGAUGAAGAUAUUAAAGGAACUCAAGAUCUGCUGACCUCAAUUGAAUCUGAAAAUGCAGCAUCUGAAGAAACAUUGAACAAUGCUACCUUACGCUUGUUUAAGCUAGAAAGGAGUGUUGAAGAUCUUAAGCAAAAGGCUACUACAAAUUCAGAGAAUGUGGACAAUAUAGAAGAAAAAAUUGGUGUUGCGAAGAAAAAUGCUGAAGAAGUUAAACAGGUCCUCAAUAACGAGCUGAACAGCAAGUAUAAAACAGUGGAAGAUCUCAUUGCCAAAAAGACAGAAGAAUCAGCUGAUGCUAGGAGGAAGGCUGACAUGUUGCAAGAUGAAGCUAAAGCACUGUUGGCUCAAGCAAACAGCAAACUCCAGCUGCUCAAAGACUUGGAGAAUACAUACGAAAACAACCAGAAAGUUCUGGAAGACAAAGCCAAGCAGUUGGUGGAGCUGGAAGAGACAGUUCGCUCCCUCCUACAGACAAUCAGUCAGAAAGUUGCUGUUUAUAGCACUUGCUUAUAAAUGGGGGCAGAAAAUGCUUGAUGAAAUGUGUUCAGGAUGGGUUUUUACAGGUAUUACACUAGCUCUUUUUUGACAUUACACUAAGACCUGAUAAAGUGAACAGGUCUGAUAUUGACUUUAAGUCACAGAACCAAAGACAAGUAAUUUUUUGAUGUUGAAAAUAAACAGUACUUUUUUAUCACUGUA